AUGUCGAGGAGGGGCAGCAGCCGCGCCAGGCCCGACGCCUUGGCCGCCCUGCAGGCCGCCAACGAGGAGCUGCGGGCCAAGCUCACCGACAUCCAGAUCGAGCUCCAGCAGGAGAAGAGCAAGGUCAGCAAGUUGGAGAGAGAGAAGAAUCAGGAGGUGAAGCAAAUCAAAGAGCACGAGCAGCACAAAAGCACAGUGGUGGUCACAGAGCUCAAAGUCAAACUUCACGAAGAGAAAAUGAAGGAGCUCCAAGCUGUUCGGGAAGCACUGCUGAGACAGCACGAGGCCGAACUGCUCAGAGUAAUAAAAAUCAAAGAUAACGAAAUCCAGAGACUCCAGGCCCUGCUGACUGCUGUGCGCGACGGGGCUCCCGACAAGGUGAAAACCGUGCUGCUGACAGAGGCCAAGGAGGAGGCCAAGAGGGGCUUCGAGGUAGAGAAAAUAAAAAUGCAGCAGGAAAUUUCGGAACUUAAGGGGGCUAAGAAACAAGUGGAGGAGGCUCUGACUAUGGUCAUCCAAGCUGACAAAAUUAAAGCCGCAGAGAUAAGGAGCGUGUAUCACCUGCACCAAGAGGAAAUCACCAGGAUUAAGAGGGAGUGUGAGAGGGAAAUCCGCAGGCUGAUGGAGGAGAUUAAGUUUAAAGACAGAGCAGUCUACGUGCUGGAAAGAGAGUUAGGGGUUCAAGCCGGGCAUGCCCAGAGACUGCAGCUCCAAAAGGAGGCUUUAGAUGAACAACUGUCCCAGAUCAAAGAGUCUGACCGGCACCUGGGCAGCCCCAAGCGGGAACUUCCUUAUGCAAGUGGUGCAGGAGACGCUUCAGAUCAUUCGGGAAGCCCCGAACAGCAGUUGGAUGAAAAGGAUGCGCGGCGCUUCCAACUGAAAAUCGCCGAGCUGAGUGCCAUCAUCAGGAAGCUGGAGGACCGCAAUGCGCUGCUGUCGGAGGAGAGGAACGAGCUGUUAAAACGCCUCAGAGAAGCUGAAAGUCAGUACAAGCCCAUCCUGGACAAAAACAAACGCCUCAGCAGGAAGAAUGAAGAGCUGUCACAUGCCUUACGUCGAAUGGAAAAUAAAUUAAAAUUUGUAACGCAGGAAAACAUAGCAAUGAGGCAAAGAGCAGGAGCAAUGCGGAGACCGAGCUCCUUAAAUGACCUCGACCACAGCCAGGAAGAAAGAGAAGUGGAUCUGCUGAGACUACAAAUCAUCGAACAGCAGAAUAUCAUUGAUGAGCUCUCUAAGACCCUGGAAACUGCCGGCUAUGUGAAGAGUGUCAUGGAACGUGAUAAGCUGUUAAGGUAUAGGAAGCAAAGGAAAAAAAUGACAAGAAUUCCUAAGAAGCCGGUGGUGGAGACGUUUUUCGGCUACGAUGAAGAAGCCUCCUUGGAGUCUGAUGGUUCCUCUAUCUCAUAUCAAACGGAUCGGACGGACCAGACCCCGUGCACCCCUGAUGAUGACCUGGAAGAGGGCAUGGCCAAAGAAGAGACAGAACUGCGGUUCCGGCAGCUGACGAUGGAGUACCAGGCUCUGCAGCGCGCUUACGCCCUAUUGCAGGAACAGGUCGGAGGAACAUUGGAUGCAGAGCGAGAAGUUAAGACACGUGAGCAGCUCCAAGCAGAGAUACACCGAUCCCAGGCUCAGAUAGAGGACCUGGAAAAGGCCCUGGCGGAGCAGGGGCAGGACAUGAAGUGGAUUGAGGAGAAGCAAGCACUGUACAGAAGGAACCAAGAACUUGUGGAAAAGAUCAAACAAAUGGAAGCAGAGGAGGCUCGCCUGAAGCACGAUGUGCAGGACGUCAAAGACCAGAACGAGCUCCUGGAGUUCAGGAUCCUGGAGCUGGAGGAGAGAGAAAGAAGAUCGCCUGCUAUCAACUUCCACCACGUUCCCUUCACGGAGGGGAAAAGCCCUCUCCAGGUUUACUGCGAGGCAGAAGGUGUCACAGACAUAGUAGUGGCAGAGCUGAUGAAAAAAUUGGACAUUUUAGGGGAUAACGCCGUAAGUAACCUGACCAACGAGGAGCAAGUGGUUGUCAUACAAGCAAGGACAGUUCUCACAUUGGCUGAAAAGUGGCUCCAGCAGAUUGAGGUGACUGAGUCCGCACUGCAGCAGAAGAUGCUGGAUCUGGAGAAUGAAAAGGAGCUGUUCAGCAAGCAGAAGGGCUACCUGGAUGAGGAGCUGGACUUCAGGAAGCAGUCCUUGGACCAGGCGCACAAGCAAAUUCUGGAAUUAGAAGCCAUGCUCUAUGAUGCCCUGCAGCAAGAAGCUGGAGCCAAAAUUUCCGAACUUCUUUCAGAAGAGGAGAAAGAGAAACUGAAGAGCGCGGUAGAGCAGUGGAAGCGCCAGGUGAUGAGCGAGCUGCGGGAGAGGGACGCCCAAAUCCUGCGCGAGCGCAUGGAGCUCGUCCAGCACGCCCAGCAGAGAAUUAAAGAGCUAGAAGAAAGAAUUGAAGGCCAAAAAAGACAAAUAAAAGAGUUAGAGGAAAAGCUUUCAUUCUUUGGUCAUAGCCCUCCAGGCCAAAUGCAGAAGCCUACUGAUGAAGCUGGAAUUGCUUCUACUGUUACUAAGUGGAAGAUGGCAUUGGUUGCCAAGACAGAGAAAGAGACAUUGCAAUGUCAAGAAAGCCAAAUAUAUAUUGUAUUUUGCUGCUGGAGAUGGAGGAGCGAACCCUAUGAUCCUUUCAGACUGAAGAUGAACCAGGCUGUGUGGGAACUUCUGCACAGGCGGGGUCUGCACCGCUGAAACCUCUGUCCAUGCAUUUUCAAAAGCUGGCACUAAGCUGACAAAGAAGAAAGCCAAAA